GGAGAGCCGGGGUCCCUGGUGGGGUCGGAUUUCCCCAAUUCCGUCAACACAUGCGUCCCUUCUUUUUUAGUUACCCCCCAUACUCCUGUUUCUGUACCUUUUAGUUCCUCCGUGAAUUGUGGUUUCUCUUUCCUGUUUUUUUUUACAACCCCCACCCUUUUCCCUUAACUUCCCACUAAAACACUUAUUAAAAGGGAUUGAUAGCGUAAGGACUUUGCAGACGGCCUAGGGUUCCCAUGUUGACUCUUAUGUAAGAAUAGUUGGGUUACCUUGGGCGUGCCACAACGGAGCCUCCGCUUUCCUAUCUGUAAUACCGGCAAUACUAUAUGUAGAAACUUUCUCAAAAGUUGGUCUGGGAGGACAAUCAUGGAUAUAAGGCACGUGGCCCUUAGCAGUAAAUACUGUGUUUUUUCCCCCGCCGAUUCUUCUGUUGUAAUAACACCGAUACCCUGAUUUCUUUUUGGUUGUCAACCCAAUUUUCCUGUCCUGGUUUGCAAUUCCUUCUUCCCUUUGAUCCUCAUUCUUCACUCACCUCCACUCCGGAAAGCUUAUAUAAUUCCUGGCAUUUUGCUCCCAGCCCUGAAUCCUGAGCCCCCCGGUCCUCCUACAUACCUUGCUCGGGUUCUCUGCCACAGCUCUUCCUGCCUCUCCCCCUCACAGAUGGCUCAGCGACUUCUCCUGAGGAGGUUCCUGGCCUCCGGCAUCUCCAGGAAACCCCCUCAAGGUCGGUGGGCACCCCUCAUCUCCAGGGCGCUGCAGGCCCCACAACUCAGUCCUGGUGAGCUGACAGUAACAUCCAGCCAAGCCCGGCCAUUACACACCACCAGAGUCUGCACAACAACCUUCAACAUCCAGGAUGGACCUGACUUUCAAGACCGAGUUGUCAACAGUGAGACACCCGUGGUGGUGGAUUUUCAUGCACAGUGGUGUGGCCCCUGCAAGAUCCUGGGGCCAAGGUUAGAGAAGGUGGUGGCCAAGCAUCAUGGAAAGGUGGUGAUGGCCAAGGUGGAUAUUGACGACCACACAGACCUCGCCAUAGAGUAUGAGGUGUCGGCUGUGCCCACCGUGCUGGCCAUCAAGAAUGGGGACGUGGUGGACAAGUUUGUGGGCAUCAAGGAUGAGGAUCAGCUGGAGGCUUUCAUGAAGAAGCUGAUUGCCUGACAAGCAGGAAAGAACCCUGAUGCUCUUGCCCGCUGGGACCCCGUGGUCCUGGGAGGACCCUGAUAGAACUCAGUCCUGUGCAGGCCCUUCCCGCCUCCUCCCUUCUGUCUGGCCCCUGAGGGCCCAUGUUUGGAGACCAGGCCUCCAAGCACGGAUCCUCCAGUGCUUCCAGCCCGGCUGACUGCCAGGGUGGCCGCCAGGGGAACGGUGCUGCUGCUGAGCUGGGGACAGCGGUCUCCCACACUCUCAGUGUCUGCUCCCUCUAGGGCUGUCGCAGCUCUCCCAAGGUGCUUGGAGAGCCUGGGCCCAGUAACAGUUUGUCCUCGUCUCCCCGGGCCCUUCUGAUCCUAACCCCAGUGCCUGGCUCAUCUGCCUCCUGCAUUUUUCUUUCCUGCUGUUGUUUUGUAAAAAGAAACCCCAACAAGUGAGAGUAAUAUAUAAUUCUCUCAUUUUUUGUAGGUCUGUAAUAAAGAACUUUAUGUGAUCCUUCUACCUCCUGCUGUGAAGAACAGACCCUGGGCCCCACACUAAAUUACUCUGUAGCCACCACCACCCCCCACCCCCAACCCUUGGGCCACCUCCCUUCUUUCCUCCCAGGCACAAGGGCAAUGAACACAUUGGGCUCAGGGAGUCCUGCAGACUCAGACUCCACCCUCCCUCACCAUUAGCAGGCCCUUUGGUUCUCUGAGCAGGAGGCUCUGCUAUGAACAAACGAGACCAAUAAAAUGGAGGUUUGCACUGUC